AUGAGUGAUCAAUUACAAAUUGCAAGUGCAGCGUUCAUCGUAAUGUGUGAGCUUGCGAAAAAGAAAGAAAAAAAAAAUGUUCGUAAAAGACGAUGGUGGAUGUCACAAAUUUAUAGAGAUAACGAAGAUAGAGGCUCCAACAUGAUAAACAGUAUUAAAAAUGACGUAAAUGUAUUUCACUUUCAAAAUUUCACCAGAAUGUCUUCAGAAGAUUUUGAAAAAAUAAUUUGCCUUGUUGGCCCACUUAUAUACAAACAAAAUACUAAUAUGAGACCUGCUAUUACAGUCCAAAUACGAUUAGCAGUGACGUUACGAUUUCUCGCUACAGGAGAUUCGUAUAGUAGCUUGCAAUAUCUGUUUAAAAUUUCUAAACAGAUCAUUUCUACUAUAAUUCCAGAAGUUUGUAGCGCACUUGUUAAAGUAUUGAAGACAUAUGUAAAGAUGCCUUCUACUCCAAAUGAAUGGCUAAGAAUUGCUGAACGAUUUGGAACAAUGUGGAAUUAUCCAAAUUGUAUAGGAGCAAUGGACGGAAAGCACGUAGUCUUACAAUCUCCAAUUAAUAGUGGUAGUGAAUUCUACAACUAUAAGUCUUUUUUUAGUAUUGUUCUGUUUGCAUUAGUUGAUGCAGAUUAUAAUUUCCUUUUUGUCGACGUUGGAUGUCAAGGAAGGAUAUCGGACGGAGGUGUAUUCAAAAAUAGUGAACUAUUUAGAAAAAUCGAAAGAGGGAAUUUGAACUUACCACCCCCGAUGCCAUUGCCAGGAAAAAACAUUGACUUGCCAUAUGUGAUUCUUUCAGAUGAAGCAUUUGCCUUAACAACUAACGUUAUGAAGCCAUAUUCUGGGACACAUAAUGUAGGAUCAAAGGAAAGAGUUUUCAAUUACCGUUUAAGUCGUGCUCGAAGAACUGUUGAAAACGUGUUUGGAAUUUCAUCUGCAGUUUUUCGAGUAUUAAGGAAACCUCUUUUAUUGGAACCCGAAAGAGCCCAAAUUGUUGUCAUGGCAAUUGUUCAUCUACACAACUUUUUGCGACAAAGUAAAACGUCUAAAAAUAUAUACAAUCCACCAGGGACUUUUGAUAGAGAAGAAGAAGGCCAGAUAAUACAUGGAAGUUGGAGACGAGGGGAAAAUGCAUCAUCACUACUACCUAUAAGAAAUAUACCUCGCCGACCUCCUCUUAAUGCACAAGAAAUAAGGGAACAAUUUGCAGAUUAUUUUUUAACAGAUGGAAGUUUACCGUGGCAAAAUGCUUAA